AAUCCCUAGUCCCAAAUCAAUAUCUGUCGUCUCUCGUUUUUGUGAGAAUGGCGGCAUCAUCGUCCUCUGCUACCUCCUACUCAGAUUCCUCCUCUGACACGUCCUCUUCCCACAGCAAAAGACGCCGGCACCGUAGCCGCCGAGAGAGAGACAGGGAUUCCCUCAAGAUCCGUAAGAAAAGUCGGUCCCAUACGAAGCGGCGUCGCAGAAAACACCACCGCUCCUCUUCCUCAGAUUCGUACUCAUCUUACUCCGACAACGAUUCCUCCAGAAGUUAUGGCCCAUCUGACGGUGAGCAUGAGAAUUCUAAUCAUUCAAAGAGGCAUAAGAAGAAUGACAAGCCGAAGAAGGCCAAGGAAAAGGAUCGAAGCAAGAGUCAUAGACAUAAACGUCAUAAGCACAAAGUUAAAGAGGUAGCUACUCACUUUGUGGCAGUAUAGACUCCUUUUGUUGUGGUUGUCAGUUGUAAUUGAGUUUUUAGUUUAUUAUCUUCAUAAUAUCUUCAUUCCUAUGAACUGAAUUAUGCUACCUGUUUAUUCAAAAGAUGGUAGUUGUAGUUUUUUCAGUUUAUCCAUUUUGGUGUUUACCAUAUACAUUAAUAUUGGGGCAUUAUAAAGUUAGAUAAAAGGCUUAUAUCAUGAUGCUUCUGAGGUGCUUAUAAUACUUUCUGCCAUUUUCAUGGAUUGGCUCUUUGAAAUUGGAGCUGGGGUCUGUGACAUGAUGACUGGGUGCUAUUGACUUGCCUGGAUUUUUUUCUGGGUCUGUUUGUUCUGGCAAUCGGAGCUAUAUAUAGAAGCAGCAGGAUGAGGGAACUAGUAGCCCUGUUCAGCUUUCCAAGUUUUUGGGGCGUGACAAGGAUGAUGGUGUUCGCCGCAGUGCUGUCUCUGGCAAGAAGAUUCUAUUGAAACUUGAGAAAUCAAAGGAGGAUAAAGAAGCUGAAAGUAAAAGAAAUGAAUUGCUCAAGUUCUUGAAUGCCAGUUUCGAUUGAUUUAUUAAAGCUCUAUAUGAAGUUGAUUAAUAGGGCGUCAAUGAAUUCAAGUGGGUUCCUAAGCUAAAGAUUACAUUUUUGUGAUGUGUUAUCAUUAUUCGCGAGGAAUGAACAACAUAAGGUGCUAAACCAUGUUUUCAACUUUUGAACUACGGUCGUUUCUUGCCAAUCAGGGUGUCGUAUUUUAUGGACUUGGUGCGUCCUUGAAUACAUGGAACUGUUUGAUCAAUUUAAAAAAAAUUCAGAACUUAAG